AUGGUGGACAAGGGUCUUCUGCACCAGGGUUACUAUCAUGGGCUGUUGCCACGAGAUGAUAUCAAGGAGAUGUUGCACAAGCCAGGAGAGUUUCUUAUUCGUACGUCGGAGCCAGUCAAAGGGCAGCCGAGACAAUUCAUUUUGUCGGCGGUUGGAAAUGGGCAAACUGGGCCGAAUCACUUUGUGAUUCGUGAGUCUGAAAACCACAAAGUGUUUGUCGACCAACGUGGAUUCGACACAAUCAUCGAACUGGUCAAUCACUAUGUUGCCACUAAAGAGCCGCUCUUUGCUCAAAAUAAAUCAGUGAAAGUAGUGAUCAAGCAUGCUGUGGAGCGUCAAAAGUGGGAGUUGAAUCAUGAAGACGUGGAGUUGACGAAGAAAUUGGGAGAAGGAGCAUUUGGAGAAGUUUGGAAGGGAAAACUACUGAAAGUGCUGGAUGCAAGUGGACAACCAGUGCCAGUGGCUGUGAAGACUGCCAAGCUGGAAUCAAUGAAUAAGGAGCAAAUUAAGGAGAUCAUGAGGGAGGCGAGAUUGAUGAGAAAUCUUGAUCACAUCAACGUCGUCAAGUUCUAUGGUGUGGCUGCUGGUGCUGAACCUCUCUACGUCAUCAUGGAGCUAGCUGAUGGUGGAGCUUUGGAUUCUGCUCUCACUAAACAAAAGUUUCCAAUGGUCAAAAAGUACGAGUUGAUUCUUCAAGCGGCGUGCGGUAUCGCCUACUGUCAUGAGCAGAAUCUGAUGCAUCGUGACGUGGCGGCUCGUAACUGUCUGUAUGGUGGUGGUCAGGUUAAGAUUGCGGAUUUUGGUUUGAGUCGUGAGGGUGAUAAGUACGUGAUGGAUCUGAAGAAGAAGGUUCCGAUCCGUUGGUUGCCUCCAGAGACCAUUUCCGGGGGUUUGUAUACUCCGAAAACUGACGUCUUCGCAUUUGGAAUCAUGGCUUGGGAGAUUACGGAAGAUGGAAAGGAACCGUAUCCAGGGAUGAAGGUUAUUGAGGUGGCGAUGAAUGUGAUGAAGGGAUACCGUAUGACGUUCAGUGCUGAAGUCAAUGCUGGGUUUGCAGCCUACAUUACGAGCAAGUGCUGGCCCGCAAAACCCGAAGAGCGUGCUCCAAUGAAGGAGAUUGUGAAAUGGAUGAAGAAUUUCGUGAAGGCACAGGGAGGAGAUCCAGGAAAGAGUGGAGUGAGUUCUGUGCAGAGCAAAGCGAAGAAGAGCAAAGAGAAGAUGAUGACGAAAAUUGGUAAAAAGUUUGGAAAGAAAGGAUCGAAGGAGAAGAUGAGUCGCAGCUCGACAAUGAGCACUGCCACGACGUCUAGUGCUCAGGGAGUCAGCACCGCCACUGCCGCCCAUUGA